AUGUUCAUAUCACAGAGUAGGAAGCAACUAGAUCUUGAGAAAUGGGCUGGUAACGAAUUUGAAUUCUGGUGGCAGAAUUGUUGUGGGUGUCGCAGUACUCAAAAGAUAUUAAUAAAAAGAAGGGGAAAGAAAAAUCUGACACUUCCUUUGCAUCCCCUUUAUGCUUUUCUUACUUGGCACCAUCUCUGCUUUAAAGGAUGCCCUGCCCUUCCUCUCCCUCCACCAAGCUCAGCUUCCCAUAACCCAUUCACAGUAAUAGACACAGGGAGAGAGAGAGAGUACAGAAGGAGGUCAGAUGAAAUGGCUGCUGCUGCUGGCCUUCCACAAUCCAACCAAGCAGACGAAGAAGAUUAUAUAGACAUGGAAGUAAGCUCUUCUUCUUCCUCCAAUGUCUUCCUGUACUCUCCCCCUCAGAGCAGAGAAUUUGAGUUCCAGAUGUCUUGUUCUUCCAAUGGGAGAGAAUCCACAACUUCUCCAGCUGAUGAGCUCUUCUACAAAGGCAAGCUCCUCCCUCUUCACCUCCCUCCUCGCCUGCAAAUGGUCCAAAAGCUCCUCCAAAACCCUCCAAAAGAGUCCUUUGGAGAUGAAAGCUACACUAUUUCCUUCAUCACCAACUCUGCAACACCUUCCACAAAUACCAGCACCCCAUUGGAAUCCUGCACCAUUUCACCAACAGAGUCUUGCAGGGUGAGCAGUGAGCUCAACCCAGAUGAAUAUUUCUUUGAAUGGUCAGCUGAAUUGAGUGCCUUCAUUGCUGACAAUAACCCCAAGAAAUCCUGGUCCAAGAAGCUCAAGCUGGUGAAGCAAUCUUUGCUUUAUCAGAAGCUCAAGGCUUCAAGGGCCUAUCUCAAGUCUCUCUUUAGCAAGUCUGCUUGUUCAGAUGAGUCCUCAACCAAGGCAGCCUCCUCUGAAGAGGCUGGCAAUGAUUCAAAAGUUAAGGACUCGUUCAACAAGUACGUGCGAGUGGCAAAGAGAGCCCCAUUUGGGCAAAUUGGGAGAGGAACUUACCCAACAUUGGCCGCUAUCAUGAAGAGCAUUGACAGUGAAGCGGCUGGGGAUUGUGUUAGCAGCAGCCACAGGAAGUCAUUUUCAGGGGCAAUCAAACGGCAUUCUGCAACAAAGUCUUUGUCUUCGUCCUCUUCCAGCGCUUCUUCUUUGUCGUCCUCGUUUUCGACCAACUCGAGCGGGUUCUAUGACUUGCAGUUGCUCAAGAGGAGCAGCAGUGCCAUUUCAGAGAUCGAGAGCUCCAUUGAGGGUGCAAUUGCUCACUGUAAACAGUCUUAGCAGAUCUUUAAUUCAAGCAAGACAUCAAGUGAUGUUAACGUUUGUUCACUAUCUGCUUCAAGGAUUGCAGUUUCUGAGGAUAAGGAAAGAUGAGGAUUUUGCAGCACUUAAUGUAUGUAGUAACGGGAAAGGGAAGAAAAGACGUCCAAUGAAAGAUGAGGAUUUUGCAAAACGCGUGAGAGAGGUCAUAUUUGUAUUUAGUCUUCUACUUGCUUUUUGCAAAGAGGUGGUUUCCACAACUUGAAUUCAUGAUCUUCUAGUCAUAAAAGAGCAAUUUUACUAUUGCUAUCAAGGCUUUGCCCUCAUCUGUUUUUUUUUUUUUUUUUUUCUGGGUAUUUGAGAGUUAUUUACUUAUUUUGUACCAUGUCUGGAAUUUUCUAGCAGUUCCUUAUGCAUGGUUCUACAGAAAAAUAAAAACAAAAAUGUUAAUGGCAUGCUGCUUUCCAGGCAUAAAAUUAGACAAAAAGAUGG